GGAGGCGACUGUUUUCUAUUUUGUGUGGUCUGCAAAACCAAUCUUCUGAUGAAAGGUUCUUCAAUGAAAAAGCGAUGCUCAUUUCCGCUUCAGUAAUCUAUGCGGAAAGAUUAGCUUAAAACCGGCUUGUAUGUACCAUUUUUUAUUACUUUGUUUCACACAAGACGUUUAAAGGCUUCUCCUUGGAUCUCAAAUUAACGUACGUAUGAGGGUUGACUUAUUUACACAUGUUUUAUUUAGCUUGACAUAUACACUGACUUAAACUUGCAUUUUAUAUGGUUUGUGUGUGAUUUCCGAGUGUAAUAACUUAAUCUUCGUUUGAUAUUUGUGGGAUGUGAAGUUAGGGUGAUUCGUUUCUCUCUUUUGCUUAAUUUACCGAUUCACGUUAAAAUUGUUCAUAUUCCAUUUGAUCUUACAGUACUUCUUAUCACACUUUUUGAGCUCAAAAAGAAUCGAAAAUCCUUUAAAAGAUUUUUGUUAUCAACGGCAGGUGAUAAUGAGCUAAAUCCUUAUAAAACGGAAAAUUUUCGACCAAUUUGGAAAAUGGUCUUCGCCGGUUUAUUGACUGCGUGUCUUUUUCCGUUCUUACUUACAACAUGAAUCACGAAUUUUAAGUUCUUGGUGUAAUAAUCGUUUCUCUUACCUUGGAUCAAUAAAGCAGGCCUGUUAGUUCAAAAUAAUAAAUAUAGAGUACUUCACCGCUGGAAAGGUUGCUGGGCUAUUGGAGUCACUCCACAGGAGUUUAGAUAGCUCCCUCUGCUUCUAUAUUUACACAUCUUACUGAUUUUGAAUCAGACGUUUAAGAAAUUUGCUGACUGAGUUAGUAAAAAAUGCCUAAAGCUAAAUAGGUUAGGCUUUGUUGUAUCGUUCUUCUAUCACUUCUAUCAGUUUGGAAAGAAAGAGUUUAAUGUGAGCCGAGCUAAUUUGAUGAUCCCUCCAAGAAAUGCUUUCAAAUAAAAGAGUGGUUGAGGCUGGCAUUGAAGUUCAAAUCAGCCUUUGUCUUGGCGCAAUUUAAACAAAACCGGCUAUAUACGCGCUGACUGCUGUUAAUACAUUAGACUAUAGCAUGAUAGAAACAACAAGGAUUACACCUUGAUACGAUUAAAUUUCCUAGCAGAAGCCCUUUGAAUCACACAAAUUAAAGAAUGUGGGCUGGUUUCCUGGGUACUCUAAAAGUUCGAUAAAAUGUGUUAAAAUCGUAAGAAAGCGCUUCACGCAGUUUGUGAGUGCUAGGAUUAGUUUAGUUAGGUUAGGCAAUUGUUUACAAAAUGGCGGGAUACUUUUUUCGUGCAGUCCGCUUCCCAGGACUCAAAUCAUGUGAAAGGUACGAUCAGAGAAUAAAUUUGAUCGAAUUCGAGUAAUUUGUCAUUGAAAAAGCUUGAUGGCUCAAUUGAAGCGCGUUAAUUCCUUUCUUCAUUUUAUUUUCCAAAAUCUGCCAAUAAAAACGAGUGUUUUUUUUCCUCAGGCUUACUUAGAAUACUUAGAUAUCUCUGCAGCAGUCGUGGGAAAAUGUCAGAUGCAUUGUCAGAAAGUUUUUUGAUACCUCUCUGACAACUGAUUUACUGCGUAUUCCAGUUGAGACAAGUCUACUCUUUUUUAUAUACAUUUGCCAAGGACGUUCAUUACACAUUUCCAGGACUUAGAAGGUUCUGGAAAAAUCGUUAUCAUGAUAUGUUUUGGGUUAGGUUCAUGAUUGUGUCUUCGUCUCAACAAAAGGCGUUCCACAGUCUUUCCAAAGCUGUUUUCAAGUCGAAAUUUCCGAGCAAGCUAGGCGGGAAGUAGAGCCAGGUCUUCCCAAAUGGAUUGAAUGAAUUGAGUUAGGCACCUAACUUUUCAAGUGCUUCAUUCAAGGUAUCAGCGCGUUCGGCUCAUGAAAAAUUCGGCGUUUGACACCCGCCUGUGAGAUACUUAGCAUCCUACGCACGUUUCUUCUAAUCUCAGCUCCUCCGUGUAAUAAAAAGAAGCAUGUUGAUCGUCAGUUAAACUUGUAGUCGGCCUUUCCUUCACUUAUCAAUUUUUUACCUUGGGAAUUUGCCCAAUAAUUCUUAUUCGUAUCCUGCUUUGAAAUCUUACACUCGUUUAAGAUUUUAAACCAUUACCAGCAUCAUCUGGCUUCAUGUAUGUAACCGUUGCAAAUCACGGUAGUGGAAUCCUUCAACUGAUAAUUCAAUUAGGCUUAAAGAUUUCCAUUUUCCCCGUCUAACCUCCGUCGCACUUACAAGAAUUCAGGUCUCUGAACAGUCUUCUGUUUCCGAUGUGCUAUAAAUUGGAAGCAGCAUUUACAGGAGGAAGUUAAAACAUUAGGGAUAACUCGUAGAGUAUCAUUAUUCACCAGGAAAACUUUUUAAUUGGCUCAUCAAAGCUAUGAUGCUGCGAAUUAUUUGACAUUAACACCGCUGUAAAGAGUUGUUCUGUAUGAUCUAAAAAGGUAUUUAAUUUCUCUUUUCCUCGCCAGGGAGAGUAACAUGGGAUUCUGGUCGCUCAUUUUCCUUAACGUUUCGAUAAUUUUGAUGACUACCACUGGUGAAUUGUUAGGAAAAGAAAGCGAAAAGCCAUGGGAUUGGGCUCAAAGGCGUGCGCUUGAACUCAAGGACCUCAGUGAACGCAGACCGUGUAUCUCGUGGCAAUGCAGGAGAAACAUGUUACUACAAAAAAAUACCUUUCUAAACUUCCUCAGAGGUGGCGGGUCCACAGAUAAGAAAUCCAGUGUAUACGGUGCAAAGGAAGAAGAGCCUUGCAUUAGUUGGGAAUGUAGACGAAAACGACGGGCAGUCAAUGGUGUCCCACCACAGGAUGGACCCAAACCAGGACCAGAAGACAUCCCGUGCCUCACAAGAGACUGCCGAACUGGAAAGAGAAGCACUGUCGAAGAUUCUGGUCCGAUGAGAAAACUCCGCAUCGCUCGCUCAGUUCCUGCCGAACCCCAAAACAAACCAGGCUGUCUCUCUUGGUUCUGUCAGAAUGGGAAACGACAGGCGGAAUAAAUUCCAAUAGGUAAGGAGAAAGCUGGGUUGGGGCAUCAAAAGGGAGCUUGGAGUUUUAAGAAGUGAAGUAUAGGCCUUGAAACCCUGACCCUGUUUGAGACAAGAUCCGUUCUUCACUUUCCUAUCUAGAACAAAUGGAUGUAAAUUAUGACAUAUGGCCUUUAUGGACCACUUCUAACAUAUCCAUACUGCAUAUUUAACAGUUAUUCCAUGUGCACGUGUUGGAUGUGAGAUGCAAGAACCAAUCAGGAAUUCGGAAUACAAUAUCCGAGGCUCAGAAUUUGUUGAAAUUAGAUCAUAAAAAUCCCCCCCCCCUCAUAUGUAAAUCACUCUUUUCGAAAGUCUGAAAUCGGCAGUCUUAAUUCUGUCAGCGACUCAAGACAUAAAUUCAAAUAAGAAGAACCAAGAGAAUAUUCUCUUUGACGAAUAAGGUAAUAAUUUAAUACCCCUGCGGUAUGGCCUUGAGAUCAAAGUCUCAAACGUAUGUUUAUAACUCAUUCAACCGACAACGAAACUUAGCCAACAUGUGCCUCUCCAUAUAAUGUUACAAUAAAAAACUCUCUCGAAUUUUUUUUUUGAUUGGCCUGAUUGUGCAAAAACUUUUUAAUCAAUGAUUGAAUUUGGUUUUAUCCGACUUCUUAAACUGUUUACAUCAAAGGGGAUUUAUUAUAUAUAAUAUCUGCGCAGCACAACGCAAAGUAAUGUGAUCAAGCUCCCUUGUCUACUUUACGCAGACAAAUCUACAAACUCUUGAACACUUCGUAAACUGCGGAGAAGCAUGUGACAGGGCUUUGAACUCAAACUAUAUGAGCUAAUUGGCUGGUGUGCGGCCCUAUUCUCAAGAAGAAAAAUACUCAUAAACACUCGGCGCCACAUAAAAGUGAAAAUUCUCAAGCGACUGCGAUAACUGCCUAGCAAUCCAAUGCCCUGCCCACAUACGACUGACAUAGCAAAGUUUUAUCCAGAUGACGGGAACCUCGACAAGGUGCUACGGAACAGCUUCUGUUUUGAUUAUCGGAAAACUAAUUAUUUGGGUCAACAAUAUCCUUCUGCGUAGCUUUUAAUUUCUAUAACAGAUCGCCAAAAGGGGAGAACAACUCACGUCAAAGAUGGGUGGCCAGGCUACUAAGCAAGAUUCAAAAUGGCGACCAACGAAGCGAACUUUUCCCCAUUUGAAUAAAUACUUCACCGUGGCCAAAAGGGCCAAAAGAAGCUUAAAAUGCGCUCAGUGUAAUAUUCGUAUAUAAAUUUGUUAAGAUGGCGAUGAAAUUAUAUUAUAUGGGUAUAGACAUUGUUUUAACUAACACCAUUUUCCUAUCCACAGAUUUGAGGUCGACACAGCUGGCCACCAUGAGAAUCUUCUCCACAUACUUCAAUAAAAUAGAAUUGCUUACUAUGAAUUAAUCACUUAUAGCUAGU